UUUCAUGUUGGGACGUUUAAACAGUCUUUCUUUCCCUUUUGGGAAUCACGACAAAUUGAAACAGUUUACGUUCGCCAUAGUCCAAUGCGAAGUUAUUUAUGUCAACGUUGCAUUGUACUUCUGUAUUGAGUUUGCCUUUGAAAAUUAAUGCACACAUUAGCAGUUAGUGCAGUUGAAACUACAAACAGAUCUAAUUCGGUUUGGACAUUAUUUGAACAUUCAUUCAUUUUCGAAACCGACUCCCCACGAGAGUGCUGAGCCGAUCCCAACAAAUUCUGGGCAGUAGGUGGGGUAAACCUUAAUUUGGUUGCGAUCUAACCGCAGAUUAAGUGAAAAUGAGGCAGAAAUUUGAUAUACCUCAAAUUUCUUCUUACAAUUCAAACAAAUCUGUUCAUCUUAGACAGGAAAUGAGAAACUCCUGCAUUUACAGUGGUAUGGAAAAGGUUGGCCAGACAGUAUUCAUUAUUUUCAUUCGUAAAUCAUUGAGUGUUUGGAUUAGCAACUAUAUACUAGUAGGCCUAUACGUACAUGUAUGACAAGAGUAAAAUAUCAGAAUUGAAACUAGGUUUAUCUGACUAACGAAAGAUGUGCAAUAUGCGUCAAAACAAAAGUACACAAGUGCAAACAUUUGGCCACCCUUGUCGUUUUGUUGAUUUGAGCAAUGGAAACUGAUUAGCACUGGAUAUUAGAAAACCAAAUUGGCAUAUACGCAUAUCAAGCCUUGAACUUCAUAAAAAGAUGGAUGCGAUCAAGGGAAGAUUUACUGAAGGUGGCCAAUUGCAUGUUAUGUUUCUCUUUGAAUCUCAAGCGAAGAUUGGCAACAUGUGGGCCUCAACCGCUCUCAAAUGACCCGAAUAAAAAGUUAUUGCUGACAUUUUAGCUGUCAGUUUCCACUGUGAGGGACGUCAUGAGAGAUGGAAGACGACAACAACAAUUAUCAAGGCCACUAGUGUCAGUGCAAGAAAAAUAUCUUAAAGGUGUCAAGGCGAAGGAUGGUUAAAUGGUCAAAGACAUCCCACAGACUACCACCAAAGAACUACAGUAUCAUUUUUCUGCAGACGGUGUCGCUGUGCAUCGUUCAACAAUUCUGCACACUUUUCACAAGGAUAACCUGUAUAGGAGUGAUUUGGAUGAGGUAGCAUCGUUUUGGAACAUGGUACUGUGGACUGAUGACCCAGAAAUUGAGUUAUUUGGUGACACCAAGGGGUGUCCUACAUUCCAAAUGAAAGUAAUUGAUACUCACGGUAAAAUUUGGUGGCUGGUCCAUCAUACUGUGGGGCUGUGUGGCACUAGGGAUCCUGCUUGCUUGAAUUCCACUCAAUAUCAAGAGAUUGUUGAGAACGAUGUUUAACAGUUGAAGUUACAAUCAGGCUGGAUAUUUCAACAGUACAAGUACAAAACUGCAAUGUUGCUCAAAAUCUAUUCUGGUAGUCGUACAAAGGAGCAAGCACAAUGUUCUGGGGGGACGAUCCAUGUCCAAAGGCCUAAAUAUUGUUGUAAAUUUGUGGGCUGCCCAUGCUCGACAACCAUCAAACAUAACUGGAGAUGUUUUGUUAGAAUGCAUGUUUUUUGUUUUUGUUUUUGUUUUUUUGUUUUUUUUUUUUAAGAAAAAAAUACCUCUGCACAGAAAUUCAGAAACCCACUGGAAGUCAUAAGAAACAUCUAGAAGUUAUUUUGACAAAAAUGAAGAUCUACUGAAUAUUGAUCCUUUUUUUCUGUUGGGCAUGCAAAUUGUCAGGAUUUUUUGUCCAUACAACUGUAAACUGCUUUUAUAACAGUGUGGUCUAUUCGUUACAAGUUUACUUGAAGCAUGUAGAACAAAUACGUCAAACAUUAUUCAGUCCACACCAACUCAAAGCCCCCACCUUGACCACCAGCAUCACCAUGUCAUCCCGCUUUCUGUGGGCUGAGCUCCCACAAAUGUCAAAAACUAGACUCACUUUCUAUGGCCUUCAACUGAUCUUUGAAUGAUGACUCAAAUGGGGACAAAUCAGUCUCACAUAUUUGACAUCCGGUACCUUUACUUUAGCACAGCGUGCAUAUCUGCCAAUUUUGCUAUUUGCUUUUAAUCUUUUCAAACAUUUUUUAAGUUGGUGAAUUUACAUAUCUUUAAUCCUUAUUUCAUUUCUUUUUCAUUCAAGCACAAUGUUAUCUUCAAAUGUGUAAUAUUUGACAGUCUUUUUUGGGGGGGCAGGAGCUUAUUGGCCUACUAUCCCACUGAAUCUUAAUAUUGAUGAAUGUUUUAGUAUUUGGGGAGCUAAGGGUCUUUAAGGGGUAAUUUAAGUUGGAGAAUCACUGUAUUAGAGUCAAAAGUUCUCUACUGCUACUGCCUUUCACCACUUGUUCUUGGGAAUAAUGCUCCAGUGCUUCAGGCCUUGUAUGUCCCUGAGGCGAAUGUUGCCAUUCUUGCAAUGGAUUCUUAAGCUCUAAGCCUCAAAUCCAAUCAGGCUCAGCUCAGGACAUUUGAUCCUUUUUAGGAGAACUGUAUGAAGCCUAACUAUCAUGUAGACACUAAGAAAAGUACAACAUGUCUGUGACAUUUGCUUCACAGGUCGUCGACGGUCUUUACCUUGGGAAUAUAAGAGAUGCCGAAAACCGACAAAGCUUGUCAGAGAAUGGCAUCACCCACAUCCUGUCUGUGUAUAACAAUGCCAGACCCGUAUUUGAGGACAAGACCUACCUUUGUAUUCAUGCAGCUGACGCCUCCACCCAGAACCUGUUGCAGCAUUUUAAAGAAUGCAUCCGCUUCAUCCACGAGUGUCGCCUGAAUGGUGGCGCGUGUCUUGUUCACUGCCUUGCAGGUGUGUCUCGCAGCACAACUAUGGUAGUGGCCUACCUGAUGACCGUCACCCACUACAGUUGGGAAGAGUGUCUCACAGCAGUCAAAGCCGUCCGCUCCUUUGUCGGACCCAACUGUGGAUUCCAAGAGCAGCUGCAGGAGUACCAGACAACACAAGUUUCAGAGUACCGAGAGUGGCUGGAGUCCAGUUUCCAAGCUAAUCCGUUUAAGGACCAUGAGCGCGUAGGCGCCCUAUUGAUCCAGUUCACGAAGCAACAGGAGCAUCAGAGAGAAGCGGGAGACCACCGUUGGAUAAAACGGGAUGCGGACGUGUGCUCACUGCCAUCUGACCCUGAUGGCAGUAGCUGAAAAACACAACAGCCCAGCAGCAAAUCAACACCCAAAAUACUUAAUUUAUACUUCAUGCUACUUCUCUAGUAAUGUGUUGAUUUGAUUCAGGCUUUCUAUUACCUCAGUCGUAGCACCUCUUUGUUUCCCUUACUGAGAAGCCUUACUCUGAAAACCUCAGCACCUUAGCCAUGAUGACAUCACCUGUGCUUCCAUUUGAUGCAAUACACUCAGCAGCCUUAAAGAUUUUUCUUAUUACACCGAUUUCAUUGACAUUAAGUGAUUUUAUGUCAAUGAAUGCGGUGGAAAUGAACUCAGUCGUUCAUUUUAUUCAUUGAUCGCUACAUUGACUACAUUUUAAUUUUUAUUGAAGGUACAUUUUAAUUUUUAUUGAAGGAUCUUAAAAGUCCCAACACUACCAUCUUCCUGAUUUUGAAUGAAGCUCUGAUUUUUCUUUUUAGCAUUUGUAGAUUUUUGUCUUGAUUUUAUCGGUACAGUGUACACGUAUUUUAAUUGCA